AUGGCUUGCCCCUUACUGCUGUGCCUCCUGCUCGCUCCCCUGGGAUCGGGAGCUGUGGACGCCAGCCGCGACCCUCCGGGACGGCCGGACACCCCUCGGGAGAGGACCUUGAGGGGGAGGCAGCCUGCCCAGCUGCCGGCUCGCGCUGCUGCCGCGGACCCCUCUGCUCCCUGGAGCCGCUCCGCUGCCGGCAGCAUGUUGGCGCAGAAACUCUCCCAGGAGGUGCCCACCGACGUGGCCUCUUACCUCUACACCGGGGACUCCCACCAGCUGAAGCGAGCCAACUGCUCCGGCCGCUACGAGUUGGCGGGCCUGCCGGGGAAGGCGCCCGCCCUAGCCAGCUCCCACCCCUCCUUGCACGGGGCGCUGGACACGCUAACGCACGCCACCAACUUCCUCAACAUGAUGCUGCAGAGCAAUAAGUCGCGGGAGCAGAACUUGCAGGACGACCUGGAGUGGUACCAGGCGCUGGUGCGGAGCCUCCUGGAGGGCGAGCCCAGCAUCUCUCGGGCGGCCAUCACCUUCAGCACCGAGUCGCUGUCCGCGCCCGCCCCGCAGGUCUUCCUCCAGGCCACGCGCGAGGAGAGCCGCGUCCUGCUCCAGGACCUGUCCUCCUCGGCGCACCAUCUGGCCAACGCCACGCUGGAGACCGAGUGGUUCCACGGGCUCCGGCGCAAGUGGAGGCCCCACGUCCACCGCCGCGGCUCCAACCAGGGGCCCCCGGGCCUGGGCCACAGCUGGAGGCGCAGGAACGGGCUCGGCGGGGACAGGAGCCACGUCAAGUGGUCUCCGCCUUAUCUGGAGUGCGAGAAUGGGAGCUACAAGCCCGGGUGGCUGGUCACUCUCUCCGCUGCUUUCUACGGGUUGCAGCCUAACCUGGUCCCUGAAUUCAGGGGUGUCAUGAAAGUUGACAUAAAUCUUCAGAAGGUGGACAUUGACCAAUGUUCGAGUGAUGGCUGGUUUUCAGGAACUCACAAAUGCCACCUUAACAAUUCAGAGUGUAUGCCAAUUAAAGGCCGGGGAUUUGUGCUUGGAGCCUACCAGUGCAUUUGCAAAACCGGAUUCUAUCAUCCUCGAGUCUUUUCAGUGAACAACUUUCAGAGAAGGGAUGCAGGUCACCAUUUUGCAGAAAGUGCAAAAGAUGUGUCAGAAGAAGCCCACAUCUGCCUACCCUGCAAGGAGGGCUGUCCCUACUGUGCUGAUGAUAGCCCCUGCUUUGUCCAGGAGGAUAAGUAUUUGCGACUUGCCAUCAUCUCCUUCCAAGCCCUGUGUAUGCUGCUUGACUUCGUUAGCAUGCUGGCCGUCUACCACUUUCGCAAAGCAAAGAGCAUCAGGGCAUCAGGCCUUAUCCUGCUGGAAACAAUCCUCUUUGGGUCUCUGCUUCUGUACUUUCCGGUGGUUCUUCUGUACUCAGAGCCAAGCACAUUUCGCUGCAUUCUCCUAAGAUGGGUUCGUCUUCUCGGUUUUGCUACUGUUUAUGGAACCGUCACUCUCAAGCUUCACAGGGUUUUGAAGGUGUUUCUCUCGCGGACAGCCCAGCGGAUUCCAUAUAUGACAGGAGGGCGGGUCAUGAGGAUGCUUGCAGUGAUUCUCCUGGUGGUAUUUUGGUUUCUUGUUGGCUGGACUUCGUCUGUGUGCCAGAAUUUGGAGAGGGAGAUUGUACUUAUUGGCCAGGGGCAAACAUCUGAUCACCUCAUCUUCAAUAUGUGCCUCAUAGACCGCUGGGAUUACAUGACAGCAAUAGCUGAAUUUUUAUUCCUCUUGUGGGGUGUUUAUCUCUGCUAUGCAGUGCGGACGGUGCCAUCAGCAUUCCAUGAACCACGCUACAUGGCUGUCGCAGUUCACAAUGAGCUCAUUAUCUCUGCCAUAUUCCAUACAAUCAGAUUUGUCCUUGCUGCCCGCCUGCAGCCUGAUUGGAUGUUGAUGCUGUAUUUUGCGCACACCCAUUUGACAGUGACUGUCACCAUUGGGCUGCUUCUGAUUCCAAAGUUUUCACAUUCAAGCAAUAACCCGCGAGAUGACAUCGCUACAGAAGCCUAUGAGGAUGAGCUGGACAUGGGCCGCUCUGGAUCCUACCUCAACAGCAGCAUCAAUUCAGCCUGGAGUGAGCACAGCUUGGAUCCAGAGGACAUUCGGGAUGAGCUGAAGAAACUGUACGCCCAACUGGAAAUAUACAAAAGGAAGAAGAUGAUCACGAAUAAUCCCCACCUCCAGAAAAAACGGUGCUCUAAGAAGGGCUUGGGCCGUUCCAUCAUGAGACGCAUCACCGAGAUCCCGGAGACGGUCAGCAGGCAGUGUUCCAAAGACGACAAGGAGGCUGCAGACCAUGGCCCAGCCAGAGGCCCAGCCCUCAUUAGGAAGAACCCACAGGAGUCUUCAGGUAACGCCGGGAAACCCAGGGAGGAGUCUCUGAAAAACCGUGUCUUCUCACUGAAGAAAUCCCACAGCACUUAUGACCACGUAAGAGACCAGACGGAAGACUCCAAUAGCUUAGCAACAGAGAGCCAGGAAGAGGCCACAGAGAACUCCACACUGGAGUCUCUGCCGGGCAAAACACCAACACAAAACCUGAAAGAAAACUGUGAGGCCGAGUCUGCAGAGUCAGUGCCUCUGGUGUGCAAGUCAGCAAGUGCUCACAACCUCAGCUCCGAGAAGAAGCCUGGGCACCCGAGAACGUCCAUGUUGCAGAAGUCUCUCAGCGUCAUAGCAAGUGCCAAGGAGAAGACUCUUGGAUUGGCUGGGAAAUCCCAUGUGUCGGGCAUGGAAGAACAUGCUAAAUCCCAGAAACCCCUGCCAAAGGAUAAAGAGACAUUCAGAAACUACUCAAAUGCAGAGAAUGCAGAGAUGAAAGAAUCUGUCCCCCUAAGCUCCAAUAAUUGGGAGGAGCCAAGAAAACCUCAGAAAUCUGGAAUUAUGAAACAACAGAGGGCCAACCCCUCCACUGCCAAUUCUGACAUGAUCUCGGGCGCCACGCAGAUGGACAACUUUGACAUAGGGGAAGUGUGUCCUUGGGAGAUUUAUGACAUGACCCCUGGCCUGGUGCCUUUAGAAUCGAAAACUCAAAAACAUGUGUCUAUUGCAGCUUCCAAAAUGGAUAAAAACCCAACUUUUUCCUUAAAGGAAAAAUCUCAUCACAAGGCCAAGGCCUCUGAAGGAUGCCAGCAGUCCAGUCAGCUGAGCACGGGGAAGGCUGAGGCAGGCCCUUGGGAGAGCCGGGGGCCGUCGCUUUUUGAAGACGAGAAGCAUUUGGUCUCCAAAUCUCAGGUUCUCCCAGGGAGAGCUAAAGACGAGAACACCGGCCAGCAUUAUGCAGCCAGUGUGUGUGCUGAGCAAGAGGCAGAGCGGCCCCCCAAUGCUGCAGCACCGAAAGUAGAGAAUGGAAACCUCAAACAAAAAGGAAACCGGGAGAAAAAGACAUCUUCCCCUGAGGAAAAUGUGCCUGGCCCCUGUAACUCGAGUAAUAGCUUUCAGCGACCUCUGACCUCACGGGUUGAGGUGUGCCCUUGGGAGUUUGAGUCCCCAGAUCAACCAAUUUCUGAAAGAAGUGUAGCUUUAUCUGCUUCUUCUGCAUUAAAUGCAAAUAAGUUAGCAGAGCCUCAGAAAUAAGAGGUCUGGGAAACUUUGAAAGUGUAGUGUCCCCAGAAAGCCAAGGAGAAGGAAGAAAGCCCAGAUUCUUUAUAAAAGAAGAUGCAAGGAUCAAAAAUUCCCAAGGAGUAGUUUUCAGUCAAGGGAGAUGUGACAGAUAAUGAGGUGAGGUCAAAGGCAAGGGGUGGAAGAGGGCUAGGAGCGGAGGGGGCACCUGGGGUUCCCUGGAGAGGUCAGACUCGGGCGAGAAAAGUCAUUCCCCUGGUGGUGCAGGAAAUGAUUGCUUGGCAGCAGGUGCAAGAGAAAGAGCUUCGAGUCUGCCCCUGAUCGAUAAUUACCCACAGGGCUUUGAGGAUCCUAAGCAAGCAAACCAGAAGGAAAAGUUGCAGACGAAUAGGACUGGAAUUCUGAAAAGAACUCUCACUUUAUCUAUUUAAUCUUGAUAGCACUGCUAACCUAAUGCAUCCCAAAUCCCUUUUUUAUUAAUGAUUGCUCUCAUUUUCUUAUAAAUGUGUGUUUCAGUACAUUGUUGUAUCUCAUAUAAAGCAUUCCAGAUUGUGUAAUUUUUGCAAAUAACUUUGAUAUUAUGUGACCCAAUACAUUUAUGCAAUCUGCAGCUACUCAAUUGUUAUUGCAACUUACAGAAUAUCUGCUCUCUAUCAACUUUAGUUGGUUCUUGAAGUACAGCAAGCUUUCUCUUGGGAGGCCAUAACUCUUAUGAUUUAAAAAAAAAAAAAAAAACUUUUAGUUUUGGCUGUGGUUUAAUGUAUUGUAAAUUUGGAUUUGACUCUAUUAUUUCACAUCACGAUUUGUUAUACUGUCUUCAGCAGGGUUUUAUGCCGGCUAAGUUACUCGUUUUGCACUUCUUGUUAGGACUCAGAUGCUUCAUUAAUAUUGGAGAUCAAGUGGUCCUACUUAGUCAUAAGUCUCAAUAAGCUAAGGACAACUUAUCCACUGUUUGUUAAAGAUCAGAGACAACACCUUCAUUCCAAUUUAUUAUCCCUUUUAACUCUUUCAGUAUUUCAUACUUAGCAGCAUUUCCUAAGGAAGAAGCUAAGAAUGAGAAAAAUAUGCUGUGGAUUAUUAUUUCAAUUGUAAAGGGAAGUCCCUAGGAAUGACAUGAGAAUUAACAGCAGUACUACAGAGCCAGGGAAUUUUGCCUUUGAAAACAAAGACAGAAAGGUAGCUCUUGGCAGCACUUUCAAGGGAUUAUUUUUCUAAAGAGAAAAGUUUUGGUAGCAUCAAGAUCACUGUAUGGAUAUAUUUUUAUUAUGCACACUAAAUAUAUAUUUUAAAUUACCUUAAACUAUUUAUUCUCAUAAGCUCCUAUUCAUUGCUUCAGCUAGGGUUAGAAUUUUCUGGGCUCAAAUACCAAAGAGGCUUAUAGCUUGAAUUAUUCAAAACCUCAGUGUUUUGAGCUCUUCAUUCUCCCAAGCCCUGUGAAACUUACGAAUCCUUCAAAUUGCCACCUGGCUCAAAAUUAAAACCUAAGUUUCAUUUGCAAGGCAAAACAGCCCCCAAAGCAUAUUUUAUAAAACUUAUUGCCUUCCACACUGAUCACUUGGCAUGAAAAUCCUAAGCUGCUGACUUAGCCCCACUGAUGUGAUCAUACAAUGAAAUUUCAUGCCAAAGCUCAGUCUCAUUUUAUUUAAAAAUGAGUUGCUUCAAAACAGAAUCCAGACUUUCCUUUCUCUCUCACUCAUCACUGAAGUAUCAUCAGCUUUUUUGGCCAGGGCAUUUACAACCCAAAAGACCAGCCUUCACUUCAUGAGGGGCAAAGGAGAACUUGCUAGGAUAAAAGAUGCAAAGAGGGAAUCAGAAGGUAGACACAGGGCUGUUCUUGGAGAAGAUUAUACUCAGUGGAAGGUAAAACUAGAAAUUCUCCUUAUCCAUCAUCACAAUCUUCUCAGUGAUUUUUGUUCAGGUAAGUGAGCAGUUCGCUAUUUUGCAAGGCUGUGCGUAAUUCUUCCUCACCCACGUGCUUGCUUUAUGCGUUACUCAGGUUGAUGAGAUAGGUUUGAAGAGACAGAACUGCGGCUUUGUGUGUUUCAUUCACUUCUGUUUCUUCCUUUCCUUAUCAGGUAAAGCUUAUCUAUUUGAUGACCUUGGAUAUUAUUCUAAGGCAUAUUUGUUAAUUUGGCUUGGAGUUUCUAGACCCAUCUAAUUGUGUCAUUAGCACUCUGUUCACUUUUUGAGAAAUAAGCAGUCAAGCUUCAAUGACUUUCAUUGCACCUCAGGAUGAUCUUGCCAGAGAUGUGACUUAAAGAAGACCUGCCUAAUUGUACCUUAGUGACAGUCUACUUACAGUCCACAGAGAAUCCUGCACCAGCAUAAAUCAGUGAGCGUGCCUAGGGCCUUUCCUAGAGUUUCAUUGCCAUUGCUUACCACCAAGACAAGUUUAAAUCUGCAAUUUUUGAGUCUCUUUUACCAGCUUCACAACCACAAGAAAGUGAAUAAACACUAUUAACCUCACAAACACGUGCUAGGUUGUCCUUCUCAAUGCAUGUGCAGGCUGCAUCCUGUCCUUGUUUUUAAGCCAGGGUUUAUAAAUAAGUAGAUUUAUACCAAUCUUAAUAGGUCUGUAUAUUUUAUGCAAGAAUUAAAUGCUUUAAGACAUGAAUUAUAAUUCAACCCAUUGUAAACUUUGGUGGCAAUAUGGAUUUGAAACUCGACAGUUCUCUUGUAUUUGCUUCCUAGGUUACUGCAUGCAAGUGAUGACAGGUAGGAUUGAAAAAACACUGCCUUUGACUUCUAGCAUUUAGCAACUGAGAGUUGUAGAGUCAAUAAAGCUGUAAGUCUCUUCACUUAACCCGUGGUUCCUCUGAAACUAUUAUCUGAAACCUACAGCAUCCCACCAUGAAAUAUUUGGUAACUUUAUGUUGUGAUGUGUUGCAGCAUGUAAAUAAUUAUAACUUCUCUGCAAUAAAGCAUAUUUAUAUGAAA